AUGAGCUUUGACACGGCACCUAACGAGGCGAAGACCGCCACGGACGAUACGCAGCAGCGCACGCCCUCGAUCUACACCAGCGAUGUGGUGCGAAGGAUGUCACGGCAUGGGUCAGCGCUGCCGCUAUGCAUGUCUCGCGCUCAGCACGAAGCACGCCGUCAGUCCACAUCCAUCCACUCUGCCAGCAAGCGACGUAAUCGCCGUUCCAGCGGUUUUCUUCCCAACUCAAGCAUCACUCCGCUGACGGCGAUGCCGGGGGCAAACGGCUGGAGCGCGUUGAUAAGCUGCGCGGAUGCGCACACCGAGGUGGGGCGGGCGAUCCAGAUGUGCUCCUUCUAUCCCAGUAUGCGCGUCAGUGGUACCGCCUUUGAGAACUCCCUCAACCUGGCCCACCGGCAGGGCACGCACGCCGCCAGCGGCUCAUUUUGUUUGUCGUCGCACGGCCGGUUUGGGGGUGUCGACAUCACCGGAGGCAUUGUCCCCGUCCUGCAGGAUGACGGGCUACGCCAGCGUACAAUGAGCAUAAGCGUGGUACCUGAGUCUUCUGCAACCCUGCGGGAUGCGCUGGAGGAAUCGCGCUCCGUGCUAGAGCUGAGUCAAGGCAGCAUCCGCGCUCCCUCUGCCGGCGGCGCUGGCACGUAUGGCAGUGGCCGCAAUUCUUUGUCCACCGCAGAUGUUGCCCUGCGCACGGUUGCAUUCAUGGGGGGCAGCAGCAUGGUGCAGAUGGCGUGCGCCAUGAAGCGGGCUGCGAUGUGGGAGGUGUUGGUUGUGACGGCCCUGACACACCGAGUGAUGGAGAUCCGCUUCCGCCGUCAGCGGCUGCGCCGAGUCCUAGAGCGCCACCUUUUGCCCACGCUGCUGAAGCGCAAGAACGAGACGGGGUCGUUUGUCCCUAGCAGUACUCACUUAAAACGCAGCGCGAGCACCGUCAGUGGCGAUGUCACCAGCCGAGGCGCGCUGCUCGACGAUGCUGGCGCUGUUCCGCAAGGCACCUAUCUCCGCGACCACGACGCCUUCUUUGACUCUCUGCACAACACCACUCUCCUCCAAUCUUUCGCCGAGACGAUGACGCGGGAACGCUUCCUGCCAGGCGACAUCAUCGCAAGGGCCGGCGACUCUAGCCAGAAGGCCAUGUACUUCCUGAUCGCCGGCAAGUGCGAAGUGUGCACGGAGCGUGGAGGCAAAGAUGGCGACGGCCCCCAGCCAGCUGACGGGACGACCGCCGCGAAUGGUAAUGUGCGACAUCAUCAACGGAAAAUUGGCGGCGGCACUGCGUCCCGGCCGAUCAAGGAAGUGAUCAUGGCCGGCACCUCCUUUGGUGGUGUGUUUGGCGGCAGCGCUCUCUUCGCUGGCACCUACCGCGCGUUGUCGCAGUGCAUCGUGUGGGUGCUGCGGGCUGAGGCGUUUGAGGAGAUUUUUCGCUCGUUCGCGGACCGCACAAUGCUGGACAAGUACAAGGAGGCGCUUCGACAGCACAGUCUGUGGUGGCUGCAGCAGUGGUACCACCCUGCCAAGUGCUACGGGUCUAUCCCCAUCUACCGCAAGCUCACGAAGUGUAUGUCCUCCUACCUGAGCGAUUUCACUCCCGUUGUGAAGGUCCGCGGCGAGACCAUCUUUUCCCACGGUGACGUUGCCGGCGACGUGUACUGCAUGCUCGAGGGGACAGUGCUGCGGCGGACAAAAGGUGCAGCGGGAACGUACGGCGACGACGGCGUUGCGCAGCGUUUGGGCACCAACUCCUUCACCGCGCUCAAUGUUGUGGGUCGCUACCUCAUGCUCGGUGAGGAGCCGCACUUGGUCCCAGGGGUGCAACCCUACACCUGCACCGUCAGCAGCCGUGCCGCACUCUUUUUCAAGGUAUCUGGCGAGCGGUUUGUGAACGCGCUGCUCGACGACCCGUUACUCUACGCACAGCUGCGAGGGCAACUGAUGCGACAGCGGCAGGAAAACAUGCGCCUUCACCUCGAGUGUCUCGCCUAUGUACCACUGUUGCAACGCUUCCCGGCCGAGAAGCGAGAGGAGCUUGUGCAGCACGCACGGCCACGCGUGAUAGGCCGCUCCGUCUCCUUGUGCGAUCCGGCGCAGCACAUCUCUGAUCUUCUCAUUAUCGUGAGCGGCAGCGUCCGUGAUCCGCGGCACUACAACCAGAAGGCAACCAAGCCUCUCGAGGUGCCGGCGUCGUGCGAGGUGGAAAACCAGGAUGGCACUCCGAGCGAGGACGGCGGCGCCAACUCACACGGCAGAAGCGGCAAGGCAGAUCGGCGUCAUGGUAUUCAUGGCCCGAAAUCAGGACACGCGAUGGAUCGUGACACGAUUCCCGCUUCUAGCACCGCUAUUGUUGAUAUGCACGCAACUGCCAGGUCGGACCCUCAAAGCCGGGCUUGCGAGGGCGUCGCCGUGCGACGGAGCGUCCAGAUCACUCUCUCCGACGUCCCGACCGAGAAGAAGGAGGUGGAGGAGGAUGUAGUGGAGUGGAACUUCUCCUUUCGCGAUGCGCCGCUCUCGUCUGCAUUUUCGGCCACAGUGACGUCCUCGAACAACGUCGCGAACGUGAAGGCAAGCGGGAUAUGCAGCACCGCCUCUGCCCCUGUGAUGUCGGCGCAGCAGCAGCACAUGCUGAUGCUCGAUUCGGCUCCCCUCGUCUACCCCGACGAGUCAGAAGACAUUAAUCCAGUGCUGCCGCUGCAGCCGGCCCGCCGCUUCGUCUCAACCCUGGGAGGCAGCUGGGAGGCCCUUCUGUUGGACAAGUGGCCCAACGGCUGGGAGUCGGUGACGACGGUGGAGAUGUGGGCCAUUCCAACCCGCAUGCUGCGCCUCGUUUACAACAGCUGCACCAAGCCGGUACAGCUAUCCAUCUUGAAUGGUUUGCGUCACGCGCAGAAGGAGGACCUGCAGCUGCCCACUCUCCCGCACACAAAACUGCCACCGAUGAGCAUCUACACUCAUCACGGGGAAGCAGUGGCGGCGGCAGCGGCCACCGCCGCGAAGGGCAGUGGCCGGCGCGGCGGUGACAGGAAAGCGGCCCCGCCCGCACGUAGCGGUUUGACUGCGGGGAUCAGCGGCGAGGAGAACGGGGUGGUGGGGGUGGGGACGCAGCACUCGGCUCUCACACGCAGCACUGGCCCAACGGAGUCGGCUACGCAAACCGUCGCGGUGACGGCUGUCACCAAGGAAGCGAAUGGAAAGGCGCGCCUACUCGUCCCUGUUUCUGCCAGGCAGACGACACGUGGGGCUACGCUGCCACUUUCAAACCAGAAGACCGCGCAGACCAGCCGCACCGGGGCAGACGCAGCUCAGGACACGUUGUCACGCGGGGACGAGACGCAGGCAAGCGCAUCGGCGAGGCAGACCCAGAACGGUCGGACGCGCAGCUUGCGGCGACUCCGCGAGGCAGCCACUGCGCAAGGUGCUGGUAAGGUGAUGCCUGCAGAACCCACCGUGAACCCCGCCUUGCUGGCCUGCUACAACGGGGUGGUCGGCGCAGCCGAUCCGCUCAUGCUGCGAAUUGUGCGCGACCCGGUGGCGGUGGUGCCGCCGCGGCGGGGCACAAGCAGCGCCAUGCCGGCACCUGCCUCGAUGAAAGCAGCACAGCGGCUUCCACUGAUUGCAUCGUCUUCUGAAGCUGCCUCGGCGGCAGCGUGGCCGACUCUUCCUGUGGCCCGGGAUCGCUGGUUUCAUGCCGUGCCAUCCUAUGAACCCUUGCCAGGGACGGCGCAUGGGGCGCAGACGCUGGCUUCGCCACCGGUGUUUGCGCCGAACUCGACAGCUCUUGCGUCCGCCUGCAUCUCCCCCAUCCCACACCAUGGCAAGACGCUGGAGGGCUAUGUGGCCUACUACGCCGCCACCGUUUCUCCAGCGCGUCCUGCCAGCAGGAUAAGCGUUGACGGAAUGUCAGUCACCGGCGCCGCAGUGGCGGUGCCGGCACCUGCUGCCACUCUGAAGCACUCUCCAUCGCAGACGGAGCUAGGCACGAGCCGCAUUCAUUUGCCGAAGCGCCGCGCUUACGCCGUUUGA